AUGAAACAGCAAUCUAGUCAAGAAUUAUCCAAACACAAAACAUAUCAAGAAGUGUCAACCACGCUAAAUUGUAUCGCCUUACCACCCCUUCCAAGUUAUGAAAGUCAACACUCAAGUUCUCACCAGCCUCAGAAUCAUCUCGGUUCAAGAGAUCAUGUCGAUUUGCCGCUAUGCUUAGCUCUAUGUCAUCUUCAGUUAUGUGAGGCUAUUGAUAAAGUUCCUGAAGAG